UCGACGGCAACAGAAUGUUACGAGCUCUCCGAUCUGUUCAUUCUCUUUUAUGGCACUUUCUUGGUAUUUAAGUAUUUAUACACAACUUUUGGAAUAACUUCAACAGGUCUAGCACAGAAGGAGGAACUCUGUGUGGCUUAUGACAAUAUUAUAGGAAAUUACUGUUAUAUUCUUAUUUCAAACAAUUUUACAGGUAGAUUUUUUGAAUAGAGAUGCGCUGUGAUUCACUGUUGCUCUCAAGUGAUUUUCUGCUAUGUGAUCUCUUGUUUUUGCUCAUUACUCUCUAAGGAUAAACCAAUACGAGAGGUAGGAAUAUUCCACAAAAGAAUAUUUUGUGCUCUCUUUUCUUGUUUCUAGUGGAAGCGUAAUUGUUAUGCCAAAACUUUGUGGGAAAAGUUAUUUAAGUAAAUAACAUAUAUAUGUUAAACUCAUGCUUAGAUUAAAACUGCUGUCCUAACUGAAAAAUUUAAAUAUUCAAAAACAUUUUCAGUGUUGUUAUACUCUUUUGUUUAAAAAUGGCAGCGAUUUAUCACGUCUGUUAUUAAGGAGUUCAUUAUAAAUUAUAUUCUUCAUUUAUAAAUCUGCUUGUUUCGUUUUGAUUUAAAAAUAACAAUGGUUAUGAAAAUUUAGAAUAUCACACCUUUUCUUACAGGAAUUUAUUAUUCAGCUUCAUCUGUUUGCAUUUCGUAGAUUAUUGGAUUAUAUUACGAUUUACAAGUCGUUAUAAUGACUGAAAAUUUCAUCGCAAGAGAUUCGAAAAGCGAAACUAAGGUGCUUGUUGAGUUUCAGAUUUUUGAUAAGGAACAUAAUUUAUAAAAUAAAAAGAGAUACGAUCUUGGAAUUUACUUUUCGCUGAGGUGAUAUUAAAUCUAUUGUCAGAUCUUGGUUUUAAAGAAUACACUUGUGAGAAAUUUAGGUCAGUUAUAAGUAGAAUAAGAUAAAUGAUGAAAGGCUAAUUACGCCAGAGAAGUUCUUCGGAGAAUUCUUAACAUAAGUUUUAGUACAGUAUUUUUUCACAUGUAAGCUUCACCGAAUCUAAUACAGUAAACGUAUUUCAGUAUUACUUAUUAGAUGAAUAUUCCAAUAAUUUAAACGAUGAUUUAAUGCUGCAAAAAUAACAACAGAGUUUGAAACACUGAAGUUUAAUCUGUUUGCUCAGGUAUUUGAGCUAAUUAUAUAACAUUUUUUGGAAGUUUUUCAUACAUUUUCUGAGAAAAAUAAAAAGAAAAGUUAUUACUACUUAAGCAACAUUUGAAAAAAUAAUUCAUUUCAUAAUUUUCAUGAUUACUGCUAUCUUUUUCAGUUAUUUAAAAAAUACAUAAAAAAUAAGAUCGUGAUCAGAAUCGAAGUUAAUCAAACUGCCGUUACUGCUAAAUAGAAAAAUGAAAAUUUGAAACCUCAAGAGUAUUUGCUACUAUAAAGGGCAUCUUUGCAUAUGACGUAAAUGAUUUCUUUUGUAACAGGUAAAGAAUAUUAUUUGCAUUAAAGUCAACAAAGGGUAACGCGUAAACCAUGGAACGUAGGUAUAAUUAUGGAAGACUUACGUAUUUAUAUUUUGUGCUUUUGGUGCUGUAUGCCAAAGAAAUACUGUCCAUCGACCCAGAUGAACAGUCGGACUCCAAUAAGUACCAACCAUUAUCUAGUGUUGUAACCACCAAAUACGGUUCACUUCGCGGUGUCAUCGAGAAUCUUCCCAAUAAGCACCUGCAACCAAUAGAAAUGUUUUUGGGUGUUCCAUAUGCAGGAGUACCAGAAGGAUCCUUGAGAUUUCUUCCUCCAGGAACUCCACCCCAGUGGAAAGGUAUUCGAACAGCAGAUCAUUUGAGCCCCGUGUGUCCGCAGAGACUGCCAGACAUUUCUAACGAGACGGACGCUUUAAAAAGGAUGCCAUACGGAAGAUAUGACCAUUUAAGAAGAUUAUUGCCGUUUUUAGCCAAUCAAAGCGAGGAUUGCCUCUAUUUGAAUAUUUAUGCCCCUGCAGGUGGUCUAGAUAAUAUGUUUUUAUUGUUCAAUUGUAUCCUUGUACUAUGAGUUAUUUAUUUACAUCUGAGCAUCGUGGAACACGAGAACCUUUGUAUUUGU